GAGCACAGCAAGAAGCUGCUCACCAAGCAGGCCGGCGAGAUCAAGCUGCUCAGGGAAGAAUGUAAACGCAGGAAGAAGCUGAUCUCCACCCAGCAGCUGAUGAUCGAGGCCAAAGCCAGCUAUUACCAGUGCCAUUUUUGUGACAAGGCCUUUAUGAACCAAGCUUUCCUACAAAGUCAUAUUCAGCGCCGCCACCCUGAAGAUUCGCAUCUUGAGUAUAAGACAAGGGCGCAGACGGACAAGCUCCAGAGUGAGAUCGACAUGUUGAAGGAGCAGCUGCAGCUCACCAAGUCUCAGCUCGAGGCCGCACAGCUCGCCCAUGCAGUCCGGUUCUCUAAGGAAUAUGAAAUGCAGAAAACAAAAGAGGAAGAAUUUCUGAAGUUAUUCGAUAGAUGGAAAGAAGAAGAAAAGGAGAAACUAGUUGAUGAAAUGGAAAAAGUCAAGGAAAUGUUUAUGAAGGAGUUUAAAGAACUGACUUCUAAGAACUCAGCAUUAGAAUAUCAAUUGUCAGAAAUCCAGAAGUCCAAUAUGCAGAUCAAGUCUAACAUAGGCACGCUAAAAGAUGCACAUGAGUUUAAAGAAGAACGUCCACAGCAUCCCCAGGAUUUCCAAAAUGUGAUGCAGCUACUUGACAAUCAGGAAAGCAAGUGGACAGCUCGUGUUCAGGCGCUUCAUCAAGAACACAAGAAAGAAAAGAGCCGGCUCCUGUCACAUAUAGAGAAACUUCGAACUUCCAUGAUAGAUGAUCUAAAUGCAAGUAACGUCUUCUAUAAGAAAAGGAUAGAAGAGCUAGGGCAGAGGCUCCAGGAACAGAACGAGCUGAUCAUCACUCAGAGACAGCAGAUUAAAGAGUUCACCAGUAAACCGUUAAACAGUGUCAGUGAACCCAAAGGGAGUCUUUUAACCUGGCAAACUUUUGAAUCUAAGCCAGCUGCCCCAACUGUACCGAUGAAUACUCCAGCCCCCCAGACACUGGAUGCGAAGUCAAGUCUAACAAUGGCACAUGAACAGGCAUUCUCAUCGCACAUACUGGAACCAAUAGAAGAACUUUCAGAGGAAGAAAAAGGAAGAGAAAAUGAACAGAAAUUCAAUGACAACAAGAUACAUAUAAGGAAAACUUUGAAGAAUAACCCUUCCCUCACUAAAGAAAUAAGAACUGUCUUGGAACAGAGUUUGGUGGAGAAACUGGAAACCUUGGGGAUUAAUGCAGAUAUACGUGGUAUUCCAAGUGAUCACUUGAAUAGAGUGCUAAGAACUGUGGAAUCAACAAGACAAGAGCGAGAAAGACAAAUACCUAACAUUCAGCAAAUUCGAGAAUUCCUUAAACAUCAGGUCAGCUGUAAAAUUGAAGAGAGAACACUGCUGUCCACAGACAGGUACGGUGCUUCUCAAAUGGACACCCUUUCAACUGGAGAACUACCUAAAGCAAUACACCUUCCUCCCAAAAGCAGACAGCUGAUUAGACAAAGAGCUGUUUUUUCUGAUAGAACAUCUGUUCCAAAAGUUAAGAAAAAUGCCACAGAAGAUCAUUUUCCCAGGAGGUCUUCCACUAUUGCGACUCCUCCCUUCAGUUCCGAGGAGGAGCUCGAUGCUGACGACCUCAUCCAGGCGUUCGCCUCCCCAGAUGUACUUCCUGUGCUGGCCUCUAAAAGCAACAAGAGUAGUUUCGUAAAGAGCACCGUCAAAAGCGACACUGACUGGACGGAGGGAAGUGAAAUUGAGGACUCUGAUAUUUCCCCCAAGCCCACAGGAACCUCCAUUAAAACAUUAACUGGAAAAGUUGAAAAGACUGUUUCAAAUCAUAGAAAUAUGAAUAAGCCACUUGGUGGAAUUAAUGUUGCUGACACGUUCAUCAAAAAAGAAUUAAAAGAAGAUCUAAAGUGUACAGAUGUGGAUGAUGAUGACUGGGACAUAUCAUCCUUAGAGGAAGACAGAUCUAUAGGGAGAAAAGCUGAGCGAGAACAGAAGGAACCUCCUCCACCUGUGAAGAAUGAGUCAAAUUCUACUCAAGUGCCAAAUGCCUGGGGUGCUGCUAACCCUAAAGGACCAAAGGGAGAAGGACCUCAGGAUGAGUCCAGUACAUUGAAAAGCAGCUUAGUAACUGUGACUGAUUGGAGUGACUCUUCAGAUGUGUAACUGUCACCCUGUGCGUCAGGAGGUCCGUCCAGACUUCAGCAGUAUUUGAUAUCGUGGUAUUUCAGCACUGCCUACACAGCUGUAAUUGUCCUGCCUGACAGUAUCUCCUGCAAUAACAAGGAAACUGGCUCUCAGAGAACAAGAGUCUCUUUAAUGCCACCUAAUGCAGUGUUAAAAAAAACACACACAAAUUGUCAACAGUAUUUUGAAGCAUAUAAAAGUGUUUAAGAAUGCUGCUGCUGCUUAAAAAUAAUGUGUCACUGAAGUCAUAAAAAGUUUUUUCUUCAGAACAGUACUCUAGUGUUUAGGUGUAUUUUUUUCAACUAAUUUUUAAGUGAAUUUUUUUUUAACUGAUAGCAGGUUUUAGUUUGCAUUUAAACUUUAAAAAAAAAAAUCUUUCUUAUGUACAUUGUCAUGUUGGAAGUGUUUUAUUAUAGAAGUUCUGUUAGUAUCCUCAAAAUGGAAUUGGUGGAAAUCAGUGAAAUUUUAAGAGUAGACAGCUUAUUUUUCAUCUAGAAGUAAGUUUAGAGUUAAUAAAAAUAUAGCUAGGCCCAUAUUAACGACAUUUUCCGGAAGUACUUUUCCCAUAUGCAGCUUUGGGCCACUGUAAGCAUGUUUUAGAACUUAAAAUACUAUUUCUGUAGCAUAACCUUGACCUUGGAUAUUUUAUGAAUAAAAUGUAGCCAUUUUAAAUAUCAGUUAAUUUAUCAGACUAUGAAUAGAAUAGAGUCCAUACUGAAUUCAUAUGUGUCUGUAGUUUCUUUUUACUUUUUUAAAAUGCCCUUUCCACAUUAGAAAAUACCUCAAAACUAAUUUAUAUUCUUAACAGUGACAUUAUCAAUAGUCAACAUGUUCAUAUAAACUAAACUGUUUUUUGCAUUUUUUUAUACCUUGUGGUACUGUUCUUUUGUUUCCCCCCAAAAAGUAAUAUUUUAACUAAAUGGUCUGUUAGGAUUUGGACCUCUUUGUUUUGUCAGCCUUUCAAGUAAAACCCUCAGUGACA